AUGACAGGUCCACCACCAUUAACAGGAAUACGCGUUCUCGAGUUCGCAGGUCUAGCCCCAGGACCGUUCGCAGGGCUUCUUCUGGCAGACAAUGGAGCAUCAGUUCUUCGCAUUGAUCGCGCAGUCCCCAACCUCACUCACACUUCUUCAAUCCCUCCACCAACAUCCGAUCUCCUUACCCGUCAUAAAUCCUCCAUUGCUGUCGACCUUAAAUCGUCCGCGGGGAUAUCCUUCGUCAAAGCCCUGGUCCCGCACAUCGAUGUUAUAAUCGAUCCAUUCCGCCCAGGAGUGUUGGAGAAAUUAGGACUUUCACCCGAUAUACUCCUUCAACUCAAUCCUCGCAUCAUCCUUGCCCGGAUGACUGGGUUUCGCCGUGAUGGGAAAUACAAAGAUAUGGCAGGGCACGAUAUUAACUACAUAGCCGUCUCGGGAGCUCUAUCACUUCUUGGGCGUAAACAUGAGAAGCCAUUACCACCAGCGAACAUUCUGGGGGAUUUUGCGGGCGGCGGAGCUACAUUGUUUCAAGGUAUCUUACUCGCUUUGCUGGCGAGGGAGAAGAGCGGAAAGGGGCAAGUUGUAGAAGCAAAUAUGGUGGAUGGAAGUGCAUAUCUUGUAACCUUUCCGAGGAUGUUGAUGAAGACCCCCAUGUGGAAUAAACCGAGAGGAAAAAAUACAUUGGAUUCUGGGAGUCCUUAUUAUGACACUUAUGAAACAAAGGAUGGGAAGUACAUGGCAGUGGGUGCUCUGGAGCCGCAGUUUUUCCGAGAGUUGAUCAAGGGGCUGGGAUUAGAUGGAAACGGCAUUGAGAAGACGAGAGAAGAUAGAAGAACGUGGUCAGAGAUGAAGACGACUUUCACGAAGUUGUUCAAGGCAAAAACUAGAUCUGAGUGGGAGACCAUUUUUGAUGGAACUGAUGCCUGCUGUACGCCUGUUCUCGAUUAUAAUGAGCUGGAAAAUGAUCUCAACAGAGAGGGUGAUCAAAGGCCAAUCGUGACUCUCAGAGAGACACCAUCUCUUGCAAUAUCUACAAACAGCAGUAGUCAGGACCCUUCAAUCGGCCAAGGACCUGGUGUCGAAGGUGGAAGCUAUACUGGAAGCUCAUUAUAUCCCGGACAAGGUGGAGAAGCAAUACUCGAUCAGUGGCUAGGAUGGAAGAGAGGAAAAGAUUUUGAUGUUGAAAAUGGCGGUCUGAUUGGGAAGCAGCAUUCGAAAUUAUGA